AGUCGGGGACACUUUAAGGAAGGGACCCGCGGAGUAAACAGAGACGCUGCUGACAGGCAGUGGACGGUGUAGGCUCUAGGCCGCCAUGAACCGGCUGCAGGAUGACUACGACCCCUAUGCGGUUGAAGAGCCUAGCGACGAGGAGCCAGCUUUGAGCAGCUCUGAAGAUGAAGUGGAUGUGCUUUUACAUGGAACUCCUGACCAAAAACGAAAACUCAUCAGAGAAUGCCUUACUGGAGAAAGCGAGUCAUCUAGUGAAGAUGAAUUUGAAAAAGAAAUGGAAGCUGAAUUGAAUUCCACCAUAAAAACAAUGGAGGACAAAUUAUCUUCUCUAGGAACAGGGUCUUCUUCAAGAAAUGAUAAAGUUGGAAUAGCUCCAGCAAAGUAUUACGAUGAUAUAUAUUUUGAUUCAGAUUCUGAGGAUGAAGACAAAGCAGCACAUGUAACCAAGAAGAAAAAGAAGAAGCGACACAGGAUUCCAACAAAUGAUGAAUUGCUAUAUGAUCCUGAAAAAGAUAACAGAGACCAGGCCUGGGUUGAUGCACAGAGAAGGGGUUAUCAUGGUUUUGGACUACAGAGGCCACGUCAACAACAGCCUGUUCCAAAUAGUGAUGCAGUCUUGAAUUGCCCAGCUUGCAUGACCACACUGUGUCUUGAUUGCCAAAGGCAUGAAUCCUACAAAACUCAAUAUAGAGCAAUGUUUGUCAUGAAUUGUUCUGUCAACAAAGAGGAGGUUCUAAGAUACAAAAACUCAGAGAACAGGAAGAAAAGGCGGGGCUAUAAGAAGAUGAGGUCUAACCAUGAAGAUUCUGCAGAGCAGGCAGAAACAGAAGUGGAAGAAAUCUAUCACCCAGUCAUGUGCACAGAAUGUUCCACAGAAGUGGCAGUCUAUGACAAGGAUGAAGUCUUUCAUUUUUUUAAUGUUUUAGCAAGCCAUUCCUAAACAGUUCAGCUGGCAUGCAUUACCCAAUACUGUAUUUUAGGCAAAUAUGUACAGUUAUUUUCCUUCUGUCUAUUCAUAUCAUUAAUUGAUGUUGAGUUAUUUGUGAAAACAGUAUUUUAUCAUUUUGAAGAAUAGUCAUCAAACUUUAUCUCCUCUCACCUUUUUCCUUUAGUUUUCUUAUGAGUACUAAUGGAACUGAUUAUUCAUUCCCAUUUUGAUGGACAUUUGGAAACUGGGGUUUUUGUUUAUUAAGGUUCUUUAGAAUUAAAAUGUUCUGGAAUUAUAAGUAA